UGGUUUCCUUUCGCUCAGUCUUAACCACAUAUAAACCCAGAAAUUUCCCAUUUGGUUUAAUCUUCAUGCAAUGGCUUCUGUUUCUUCUUCAUGCCUGGCUUCCCUCAACCCCAUAUCCUCUUCAAAACAUUCUCUCUUCAUUUCCAGAAUUUCCACCAAGAAAUUUCCAUCAAGAUCUUUGAAGUUCUCGUCAUCUCCAAAUCCACCAAGUCCUGACACUCCUCGAUCCAAUUCACCUGAAACUGUGUCCGAUGCCGCACAGCCUCCGGUCGACCCUGUCAAGGCCGCAUUCGAGCAAGCGAUGGCCUACAAGAAAUUGAAGCAAUCGGACUCCAAUUUGACGAAGGUUGAGGGUUCUGAAGGCAACUCUGUCGGGGCUGGUAAAUUAGGUUUAUCGAGUUUUGAUGGGGAUGAUGAGCAGAGGAGAAUGCAGGGUGGGGUUAUGAUUGUGAUGGAGAAUGCGAACGAAGUUAAGGAGGAAACGAGGGGUGUAAUUGAUGGCACGAACAGUGAGGAAAUUAACACCAGUGCAGGAUUGAAGGGCAAAGAAAGUGAAAAUUUGGGAAACAAACAAAAGGGUGAUAAGAAGGGAGGGCUUUCUAUCUCAAGCAUUGAUUUUGUGGGGCUUGGCUUUGCGGAUAAGAAAAAGACCAGGGGACUGCCUGCUGGAUUGGUUCCAAUGGCAGACCCCUUCUCAGGAGAAGACUUGCCUGAAGUGGAAAUAAUUGUAGGUGAUACGAGCAAGUUCAAUGCUGCAACAGCAUCCGAAAGUAAACCAACUCAGGAAGACGAUUCCGAUAUUUACAAACCCAAGGUUUCUACAUGGGGGGUCUUUCCUAGACCCGGCAACAUUUCGAAGACGUUUGGAGGUGGAAGAACUAUACGCCCUGGAGAAUUGCUUGAGACGGAUGAAGAAAAAGCAGCAAAGGAAGCACGCAGCAGAGAGCUGAUUGCUGCAUACAAGAAAAAAUUUGGCUUGACCAUAGAUCCUAAAUUGAAGUCUGAAUGUGAAGUGGCACUUAAGGAAGGCGAUUCAUUGAUGAACAUUGGAAGGCUCGAGGAAGCGUUACCUUAUUAUGAGUCAAUUAUGGAUAAACUAAUCUUCCAGAGUGAGCUUCAUGGAGUGGCUGCUUUGCAAUGGUCUAUUUGUCAAGAUUCCCUUAGAAGAUCAGAUGAGGCUCGAGAAAUGUACGAGAAGCUUCAGUCUCAUCCAACUCCUCGAGUGAGCAAGAAAGCAAGGCAGUUCGUAUUUAGUUUCCAGGCAAUGGAAAUGAUGAAGGUAACAACAAGCUCGUAUUUCGUUUCAAACGACAGUAACUACCAGAACUAUUUUGAAGCUUUUCUUGAUAACAAACCGACCUACUCGACCGAGGAGUCUGGAAUUGGGGAAGGUGUACUCAAUCAAUCCCUUCCCUAUGUCAUUUUUCUUCUUUCUCCUAUUCUUCUGGUGCUACUUGCUGCUUUACAAAAGAGAAUAUAACGGGAUCAAUCCCCUUUGUAUAUAUUGAGGCAUUCUUUUAUGCUGUACAGAAUAGAAUAUAAAACCAUCACAUAGGAAUAGAGGUAAAAACAUGAUAUAAUGGGAUUGAUGUCCUUAAAUUGUAUAUAUCAAAGUAUUCUGCCCUGAGAAAUGAUAAUGCUGGAUCCUUAACAGAUUCAACAACUUUUCCUUUGAAC